CAGCACUUCAGGAAGUUUGUCUUCCAGGAGGAGGCUUUGGGGCCCCGGGAGGUUUGCAGCCAGCUCCACAAUCUCUGCUGCCAGUGGCUGAAGCCAGAGAGACACACCAAGGCUGAGAUGCUGGACCUGGUGAUCCUGGAGCAGUUCCUGGCCGUCCUUCCCCCAGAGAUGGGGAGCUGGGUUCAAGAGUGUGGAGCGGAGACAACCUCCCAAGCAGUGGCCUUGGCAGAGGCCUUCCUCCUGAGCCAGGCAGAGGAGAAAAAACUGAAGCAGGAGCAGGACUUGUUUGCAGAAGAGAUGGCUGAGGUGGACAAGUAUUCUUCUGAAUCCAGUCAAAGGCAGUGGCCCAAGUGGAUCAUGCUGGACAGAGAAGGAAGUUCCUCCUCACUAAGUAAGGGAAGUGGAAUAAGGACUGGGUCUAUGUGUACAAGCACAUCUCUUCAUCCUGAUGGACUCAGAACAGCUUCUGCAAGACUAGAUCAGGUGAUCUUUGAGGAGUUGGCUGUGUAUUUCACAGAGGAGGAGUGGGCCCUGCUGGACCCAAGCCAAAAGGCCCUUCAUCGGGAAGUGAUGGAGGAGAAUCUGUGGGCCUUGUCCUCUCUAG